AAAGUUUUGGAUCAAAAUCGAAAGUAAUUUCUAAACCCGGAAGUAAUCAAUGCGCACAAAUAUGCGCAAAGGCUUGGUUUGUGUGUUGAUGUUCAAAAUUGUCCGAUUGUUUACCUAAUUUCAACGAUAAUGAGAAGAAUUUAAGUCUAUUAAUCGCUAUCACACGAAGAAAUCAUUAUCUGGAUUACCACUGUACUACCAAGGGUUCAACCUGAGGUCUCCCAUUGACAACAAAAUUUUACCUGAUCAAUUUUAGACUUUUGAGUCGCCAAAUGAAUUAGAAGAUGGAUAGAUCUGCAAGCCCAGACACUGGGAGAGGCCCCAAAAACCUUGGAUUUGACUUAUCUUUGUUUUGUCAAAAUCUAAAGGCAACAAAGCCCCCAUAUGAAUGUCCAGUAAAAGGGUGUCAAAAGAUGUACAAAAGUUUCUGUGGGAUUCAGUUUCAUCUAUAUAACUAUGAUCACGACAAUCCAGACAAUAACAGCCCCGCAAACUCAACAGGGAAAAAACCUGGUCGGAAGAAGGGAAAAUUCCAUCAUCGAUCAAUGCGCAGAUCACCUACUCCCCCUGAAUUCUUGAGGACCCCUGCGAGAGAGACUCUUACCUAUGCAGAGUCACAGCGUUUAGUUGAAGUAGAUUUAGAAGGUCGUGUCCAUCGUAUUAACAUUUAUGAACCUCUAGAAAUCAUAACCAAUGAUAACGCAAUUGAAGAAAUCGAAGUAAAAGAAGAAAUUAAGCCCCCAAAGUCACCCCAGAAAGCUAAACACGUAGAUGGCCAGAAACCCAGGCUAGAUAAACCAACAGCUAAGCUCCCUGAACCUUCCUUCAAAGUCCUUGAUGAUUAUGCCCGUCCCCCUGUGACUCCCACAAGGCCUUCAGCCUACUACAGAUAUAUUGAGAAAUCUGCAGAGGAGCUUGAUGAAGAAGUGGAGUAUGACAUGGAUGAAGAGGAUUAUGCAUGGCUAGAACUGAUAAACGACAAGCGAACCAAAGACAACAAUAUGAUAGUGAGCCAGGAGAUAUUUGAACAUUUGAUGGACAGAUUUGAAAAAGAAGCAUUUUUUCAAAGUCAAACAAAUGGUAAAGAUAGUGCCCCAAACAUAGAUGAAGAUGCUGUUUGUAGCAUUUGUAAUGAUGGAGAGUGUCAGAAUAGUAAUGUCAUUCUGUUUUGUGACAUGUGUGAUCUGGCAGUCCACCAAGAAUGUUAUGGGGUGCCAUAUAUCCCUGAAGGUCAAUGGCUUUGUCGGAGAUGUCUCCAGAGUCCUUCGAGAGCAGUUGACUGCUGCUUAUGUCCAAAUAAAGGUGGCGCCUUCAAGCAAACAGAUGACAACAGGUGGGCACAUGUGAUAUGCUCCCUUUGGAUCCCCGAGGUAGGCUUUGCUAAUACAGUGUUUCUUGAGCCAAUUGACAGUAUUGUUCACAUUCCCCCAGCAAGAUGGAAGCUCACAUGUUACAUUUGUAAACAGAGAAGUGUAGGGGCAUGUAUACAGUGCCACAAGACCAACUGUUAUACAGCGUUCCAUGUUACAUGUGCUGCUCAAGCAGGACUUUAUAUGAAAAUUGAACCAAUCCGUGAUCCAACCUCUCCUGGUCUCUCCCCUGGAAGCUUCAGCGUCAGGAAGACAGCAUAUUGUGACGUGCACACCCCAGCAGACACAAGAUUCAAGCCCAUGAUUAACAGUGCAGAUGAGAAUGAAGAUAAAGACUCAGUCUCUGCUAAAGAGGCAAAGUUGAAGUCCAAACAGAAGAUGAGAAAAGCGCGGAAGAUUCUAGCGGAGAAACGCAACUCCCUCCCUGCCGUGUCAUUGCCAGUUAUCCCACAGGAGAGGGUAUCCAAAAUCAGUUCUGCGAUCAGCCUACCAAAGAAGCAGGCAUUUAUCCAACGAUUGUUGAGCUAUUGGACGCUGAAACGGCAAUCUCGUAAUGGGGUCCCUCUAUUGCGCCGGCUGCAGUCUAAUCAUAUGUCACGCAACAAGGAACAGACAAAGAACGACAAACAGAGCAAUGCCCUUAAGGCACAACUGAAGUACUGGCAAAGACUGCGACAGGACCUGGAGAAGGCAAGGUUGCUGGUAGAACUCAUACGCAAGAGGGAGAAAUACAAGAGAGAGCAGAUCAGACUAUCAGAGCUUGAGACUGAGAUGAGACUGCGUCCAUUCAUUAUGCAUAUUAGAAGUGCCCUGGACCAGAUACAAGAGAAGGACCAUAUGGGAAUAUUUGCUGAACCCGUAGAUAGGGAUGAGGUGCCAGAUUACUAUAGUUUCAUAAAACAACCCAUGGACUUUGCCACAAUGCGUAAAAAGAUGAACUCCCAUUUGUAUAAAACCAUUGAUGAGUUUGAGGCCGACUUUGAUCUGGUAGUUAGCAACUGUUUAGCUUAUAAUGCCAAAGAGACAGUGUUCUAUAGAGCUGGUGUGCGUAUGAGAGACCAGGGAGGUGCUAUUAUCAGGGCAACACGUAGGAUGAUUGAGAAGGUUGGCAUUGUAGCAGAGACAGGGCUGAUGACUGAUGAACCCCCAAAGCCACCAACGGCUGAUCCUUAUAUCUUGGAGGAUGUUGACACAUUCAUCCACUCAGAUGCAAGGGAGAAACUUCCUCUGGAGGAGCAACUACGUGUUCUAUUGGACAAACUGGACAUGGCUCACAUGAAACCUGGUCGCAAGUCGAAGGUGGCUAAGAUGAUACGUAUGGAGAUUAUCAAAGUAAGGCGGAAGUUAGCCAUACAGAAGGGUCAGGCUUUCCUUAGUGAACAGGAAUGUGCUAGUAGUACAGAAUGCUCAGAUAUAGAGGGAGACACCAAAGAAAAUAUCAAACAUGGUUCUCCAAGGCGUAGUCCAUCCCCUCUGAAAGGUGUACGAGGGGCCCCAAGAUCUCCUGCCCCUCUUGCCGGCACCCCCAGGACUACCCCAAAAAAGCCACGAGGGCGACCCAAAGGCUGGCGUAAGAAACCCAAGCCUGAACCAGAACUUAGCGUGGAGACUGAGCUUGUAACUGAGAAAGAUGAGAAGGUCAGCCCUGAGAGACCCUACACACCCUCUAACCAAUCCAGCAAGUCCAGCAAUGAUGGCUCCAACAUCAGCGCCAGUACACCUUCACCCUCCACCUCUGGGGUAAACAGACGCACCGCUGUCCUAUUCAGCAAGAUACGCAAAGGACCUUUACAUUUAUCAAACAAGGAAGAAAAGGACAGAGCUGCAAUUACUCCGACUAGAAAACCAGGCAGACCAGCAAAGCCUAAAGCUGUUGAUGUAGAAAUGAAAGAAGUUAAGACACCACAGAUCUCAGAUGAGGAUGUAAAACCUCCUGCUACGCCUAAAAGUCCCCGUCCACCUUCUAGAGGCCCUACAAGUCCAGGCCCUGCCUCUAGAGGCCCUUCCAGCCCUGGCCCUAGGGGUCCAGGAAGUCCAGGGCCCAUUUCAAGGGGCCCCGCUAGUCCACAGAUCAGUAAAAAACGUCGUAAACGCUCAGCAAGCAAUACAGGGAUGCUUGAUAUUGCACCAAACUCCCCGGUCGCCAAAAAACCAACCUCAGAUUCAAACAUGCACUUGCAGCCUCUUAGUCCUAAAAGUCCAAAAAGUCCACGAAGUCCAAUGCGGAAAGAGAGUUUCCUUCAAUAUAGACAGGAGCCUCAUUUAUUAUCCAGUUGUGAAUCAGACUACUCUGAUGUCACGUCAGAAUCCAGCUCUGCGUCGCGGUCAACGGGUGACUCUAGUAGUGGAACUGAGGGUGAAAAUGAGGAUGGCUCACAUAGAUAUAGUCGACGAGGUGCCUCGCUGCAUGCUUUACCCAGCGCCUCUCACACCACUGACCCUCCUAAACUAUUACCCCGUACCCCCAAACUCUCACUCUCUCAUCCCAUAGUUACACCCCGCAAUGACAAAACUACCUCAAAAUCAACAAAAAAGCUAAAAGUUAAUCAUCAAUCAACCUCAAAGUCGUCAUCAAAACAAAAAAAUCUCAUCACUAAUUAUUUUAGGAAAAGUAACUUAGAUCCAAAACCAGAAAGUAAUUCAGUUAAAGCUGGGAAAAUCCCUGCACGGAGGAAAACAAGGAGUAUUUCAAAUUCUGAACUUCAUUCACCUAGUAAAGAUGUCACUACCUCCUUGAAAGCAAAAUCCAGCAAUCAUGAACUUCCACAUGAAAUUGGCUUUGGGAAUAAUGUUCAUAGUCACAUUAGCACAGAGUAUGAAAUUGUUAAUGGAAUAAAUAGGAGCAGUACAAAAGGUUCUCAUAGAUAUAGUAAUAGUAAAAAUAGUCCUCCAUCCCCUGAGAGUCCCCAGUAUGAAUUCCCAGCCAGCUCAGGUGCAUGUGGUGAUGGGGUCUAUAACAGUCCCUUGAAAAAUUAUCCCAGUGGAGAAACUCCCAGGAAGAAAGGUCCUCUCGUGACUGAUGCCUCCUCAGCUGAAAGUUCUGAUGUAGAUUGUAUAGCAAAGUCAAAAGAAGCCCGUAAAAACUUGCAUCGUAACUCUGAUGAUGAGUUGGUGACCUUGGAGGCUCUUGAUCUGGUGUGGGCCAAGUGUAGGGGAUACCCCUGGUAUCCUGCUCUGAUGAUUAACCCCAAGAUGCCCUCAACAGGUUACUUCCACAAUGGGGUGCCCAUUCCUGUUCCCCCAGAGGAUGUCAUAGCCCUGCAAGCAAACUUCUCAUACCCUGUAUACUUGGUCCUCUUUUUUGAUACAAAGCGCACAUGGCAGUGGCUUCCAAGAGACAAACUUGAACCUUUAGGUGUAGACUCCGGAUUAGAUAAAGCCAAGCUUCUUGAGAGCAAGAAACCAAAUGUACGCAAGGCCGUUAAACGUGCCUAUGAUAAAGCAAUAGUGCACAGAUGUAAAGUAACUGGUGAACCAAUUCCUUUAAGUGGAGAUUCGGAAAUGGAUGAAUAAAAUAAGAUCAUUUCUGGAAUUGAUGAAAUAAGAAAUGAAAUUAUGAUUUUGAUUUUUAUUAUAAUUUAUUUAUCGUAAUCAGAAAAUCUGGUUUAUGUUCAGUUUUACAAAAUAACAAUACAAUGCUCAUAGUAUUUAUGAAUUUCAAGGUCCACUCAUGCACACACAGUUUUCUCUUGAUACAUGUAUAUAGGAAAACUUGGUUGAUUUCAUCAUCAAAAUUACAAUGUGUAUAGAGGUUGUUGUGUGUCAGCUUGUGGCAAUUACUCCAGAAAAGGUGCUUAUACUACAGUGUUCAUUCUUCAGAUCUCUGCCUCAUUGAGGUGUUUGUUUUAUUACAGUGUUCACCCUCAUGAGCCAUUCAAUUUUGCAAUUUUUACUUUAAGUACAUUAUAUUUUCAUUAGUUUUUUUGUCUCAUUCAUUAUGGAUUGCGCAGUACCAGUGUAAGCCAAAAAAAUGCAAGAGCAUUGAAAUUCUCUUUGAAAUAUAAAAUUCUCAGAUUUUCAAUUUUUCUCAACAAAAUAUUUGAAUUAUCAGAAUUGUGUUUGUAAUUUUGUGAUGUGAUAAUGUUUUCCAAGUUUAAUAUAUUUGUUUGUAAUUGUCAGUGUUUUGUACUUUUAUACAUUUCUAUUUGGUAUUUGCACUGUAUGUGUGUCUGUCACUUGAUAUUUUCAAAUGUUGUAACCCAAGAGAUAGAAAUUGUUAUUUUACAUUAUAAAGACACAUUUUGUCUUACGUACUGUAAUUUCAAUCGAAUGAUUAUAUGUUGAAUAUGACAUCAGAGGAUGAUGUUUUUGUGCUACAGCAGAUGCUUGAAGCCAUUUUAGUGUAGUAGUAUAGAUGUUAAGCUAAAGAUAAUGUAACCCUUUGAUAGUUUGAAUAUAUAAGAAAAGGGGCUUCGAUUUUGGUACAAUCGUACUUAUGAUUCCGCGAAAACCAUUGUGUACAUUUUGAUGUACAAUGACUCGCGACCAAAUUGUAAGUUACGAUUGUUCCAAAAAUGAACCCUACAGUCGGAAUGAACAUAAUCUACAAGAUUUAUUGAGACUCCAUGCAUGAAAUAUUCUUUGAUAUAUAUGAAUUUGUAUGAGAUGUUUCUUUUUAGUGAUUUGUUCACAUGUCAUAUUACGCAGGUCCUGUUUCUAUUGAAGUUAUAUAGGGUGAACUUCCCAGGGUGUUCUGUCUUUAGCUUACAGUCUGUA